UAGGUGGCAGCACUAUUAUAAUGUCGCAUUUGUAAACUUGUGAUUUUAUUUCAAUUAAAUAUUGGUUAAGAUUAUAUAAUUGUUCUUGAUAAAAUAUGAAGAUCACUAAUAAUUAAAAACUAUUUCUUGUCUCAAUAUGAGUAUUUUAUUGUUAUGUCGUUUAUAUUCAAACAGUUUUUUAUUCGAUAAAAUGCCACGCGUUCUCAUUUAUAUUGUAGUCGUGUCAAUGUUGACAUAUAUUGCACAUGCGCAAGAUAUUUCUUCAACUAUAGAAAAGCAACAAAUUAGCAAGAAUCCACAUAAUAAUUCAUCUCAAAUUAAAGUAUUCGAAGAAUUAUUCAAAAAAUCAUUUGAAUAUCAACGCAAGGAACAUACCGAAGCUAUCAAACGUCUUCAAAAAAUAGAUAAUUAUGAACAUUUGUACAAAAUGAUCACAAUUCUCGGUGAAAAGAUGAUUGAAGUAAUCGAAGCAAGUAAAAUACUAAUCGAAAGUGGCGGUUUUAAUCCAGAUAAUAGAUCUUUGCCGCAAAAUAUUAGCAUACAAAAUGCAAUAUCUACUACAUUAGAAAAUACAGCAUUUUUUGGAGAUAUUCUUCUUCAUUUUCCUCAUAUUGUUCAUCGUAUACUUAAAAUACAACAAAAAUGGAAUUCAAUUGUAAAUUGGUCUUUAAAUUUCACGUAUCGAACGAAAUAUUUAUUAGAUUCGGAAACAAUUACUAAAAUUCAUUUAGCAUCUCAAGAAUUAAAUGUGAUAAAACGCAAACAAGGAUAUUUUAAUCCUUAUUGGCACUCUACUAAUCUUCAGAAAGAAAAUAACGGAAAAAUAAAAAAAAGCAAAUUAACAAAAAAAGAAAAGCAAAAAAAGAAACCACAA